AUGCAGCUCUCCCUCCAAACACGCAACGCUCUUCGAGCUGCUUCUCCCUUCCAAACGAGGCGCACGGCAGCACCGCCAUGCCUGCGCAUCCGCGCCUGUACCGACCCGCCGGCCGAGGGGAUUCUCCCGGUCCCGGCAGGGCUGCGGGCCGAGUCGCUGCCGCAUCACGUGGCGAUGAUCAUGGACGGGAAUUCGCGGUGGGCGCGCGCGCGGGGCAUGCCGACGUCGGCCGGCCACGCGGCUUUGCAGCCGGCGCUGGAGGAGACGGUGCGGCUCUCAUGCGCCCGGGGAAUCCGCGUGCUCACUGCCUUCGCCUUCUCCCACCAGAACUGGGACCGUCCCAAGGAAGAGGUUGACUUCUGCAUGGCCGUGUACAACCGGUUCAUCCAGGACAAUGUCGCCCAGUUUUUAAGGUAUUUUCUCUUCUUAAAGUUAAUCUUAAGGCCCGACAAUUUCUCAAACAGAUACAAAAUUAACUUCAUGCUUCUAGCCUUCUCAAUGCCAUGCUCCAUGAAUAUGAUGGUGUCAUCGGCAUGCUGCAAAAGUGAGACCCACUAUCAAGGAGAAGAGAUUCUUAUGUUUUGCAGGGAAGGGAUUCGUCUACGCGUAAUCGGUGACUGCUCAAGGCUGCCGACUUAUCUGCAGAAAACUGCACAAAACGCCGAGGAGGAAACAAGUAGCAACUCACAGCACGACCUGAUGCUAGCUAUCGGCUACAGUGGACGAACGGACAUCUUGCAAGCAUGCGGGAAGCUUGCCCGGAAGGUGCACAGCAAGCUACUCAGGCCGGAGGACAUCGACGAGUCACUAUUCGCCGAUGAGCUCCAGACGAGCUGGACAGACGAGUUCCCUUGCCCCGACCUACUCAUCAGGACCAGCGGCGAACUGAGGCUCAGCAACUUCUUGCUGUGGCAGUCGGCGUACUCGGAGCUCUUUUUCACUGACACGCUCUGGCCUGACUUCGGGGAGGCUGAAUAUCUCCAAGCACUCAUGUCUUUCCAGAGCAGAGACAGGCGUUUUGGAAAAAGAAAACUCUAG